AUCAAACCCGCGAUUCUUCCCUUUUCCUCUUCUUCUUUCCGCGUGUAAAAAUCUAAUAACAUUAAGAAAAGGCGCUCGUGCCUGUGAGUCAGAGCGGCACGCGGCGACAGUCAAACUCCGACUUUUGCUUCGUUUUCGACGCCCUUGGCAGACUGUCCUCCAUGCCAGGAAGGCUGUGUGGUCAGGGAGCAGACGCCUUCAGGGCAACAUGGAAAAUAAGUAAAUCUUGGAAGACUUUGAAGGCAUCAGUGAAAGUCCUUUCCACCAGGUCUGGUGAGGAGGCUUACCAUUGCUGGAACAGGAGAUUGCACUGAACAAUCAUGAUGCGAGAAUCAGGGAUGGAGGUGAUGGGCAAUGGCCCAGCCAGUCAGAAUGGAAGAGCAAGUGUGGAGGGUGCCGCCAAGGAAGGACGGCCCCGAAGUGGGACACCGUCAGUGGAUGUGACUGCCAUGGACCUCCUGCAUCUACAACAGCACCAGGUCCUUCAAGCGGCUCGCCUAAUUCUUCUUCAGCAACAGCAUCAGCCCCAGUCACAGCAACUGCAGCCUCAACAAAAUGCUGGCCGCAAAUCCCCCAAAGCCAACGAUGAGCAGCAGAGCCAACAGAUUCCAGUGUCAGUGGCUAUGAUGACACCUCAAGUGAUAACCCCACAGCAAAUGCAGCAGAUUCUUCAGCAGCAGGUCCUGAGCCCUCAACAGCUCCAGGUUCUCCUCCAGCAGCAGCAGGCCCUCAUGUUGCAGCAGCAGCAGCUUCAAGAGUUUUACAAGAAACAGCAGGAACAACUCCACCUCCAGCUUCUACAGCAGCAGCAUGCAGGCAGCAAGCACACGAAAGAGCAGCAGGUGUCGGCGCAGCAGCUCGCCUUCCAGCAGCAGCUCCUGCAGGUCCAGCAGGUCCAGCAGCAACACCUGCUCAACCUCCAGAGGCAAGGCCUGCUUACAAUCCAGCCAGGACAGACAGGCCUUCCUUUGCACUCGCUCACUCAGGGCGUGUUUCCAGCAGAGCUGCAGCAGCUGUGGAAGGAGGUGACAAGUGCUCACGUGAAGGAGGAGCACAACAAUAACAGCACCAACGGCCACCGGGGUCUUGACCUGUCCUCCCCAGUGCCACCAAAAAACCCACUCCUCAACCAGCACGUCUCCACCAAUGGGCAGUAUGCGAGUCACAAGAGAGAAGGAUCAGCGCAGGAAGAGUGUUCUCCCAGCAGCCACCCCCUCUAUGGCCAUGGGGUCUGCAAAUGGCCUGGAUGUGAGGAGGUGUUUGACGAUUUCCAGUCAUUCAUCAAGCAUCUCAACAACGAGCACGCCCUGGACGACAGAAGCACGGCGCAGUGUCGAGUGCAGAUGCAGGUCGUACAGCAGCUGGAGUUGCAGCUUGCAAAAGAUAAAGAGCGUCUGCAGGCUAUGAUGACACAUCUUCACGUCAAGUCCACGGAGCCCAAAGCCCCCCCACAGCCGCUCAACCUUGUGUCCAGCGUCACAUUGUCCAAGUCAGCCCCAGAGGCCUCCCCUCCCCUGAGCCUUCCCCAAACCCCCACCACACCCACGGCUCCCCUUACUCCCCUGUCCCAGACGCACUCGGUCAUCACACCCAACAGCCUUCACAAUGUGGGGUCCAUUCGACGGCGCUACUCCGAAAAAUACAACAUGCCCAUCUCUCCUGAUCUUAGUCAGAACAAAGAAUUCUACAUGAAUGCAGAUGUGAGACCACCGUUCACAUAUGCCUCUUUAAUUAGACAGGCAAUCCUCGAAUCUCCUGAAAAGCAGCUAACACUAAACGAAAUCUACAACUGGUUCACACGAAUGUUUGCGUAUUUUAGGCGCAAUGCAGCGACAUGGAAGGGUGCCGUUCGCACCAAUCUUUCUCUGCACACGUGCUUUGUGAGGUUAGAGGAUGAGUGUGGGUCCUUUUGGACCGUUGAUGAUGAGGAGUUUAAGCGUGGCCGACACAUACAGCGAGGCCGUCCUCGGAAACACAUCGCUGAUGAGAACUUUGACAAGCUACUCGUACAAAGUCCCGCCCUUGUGAAGAACAUUCAGAGCAGCCUGGGCUUUGGCCCCAACCUCUCUGCUGCCUUCCAGGCUUCAGUGGCAGAAAACAACAUACCUCUAUACACUACUGCUUCCAUUGGAAGUCCUACCCUCAACUGUCUGGCCAAUGCCAUCCACGAGGAGAUGAAUGGAGCAAUGGACCAUGGAAACAGCAACGGGAGUGACAGCAGCCCGGGACGGUCGCCCCUGCCAGCUAUGCACCACAUCAGUGUGAAGGAGGAGCCACUGGACCCAGAGGACCACGACGGACCCCUGUCUUUGGUAACAACUGGAAACCACAGUCCAGACUUCGAUCACCACAGAGAUUACGAUGAGGAGCAGAGCGUGAUGUGAUGCUGUGGGCUGGACGCUACCCCUCCCCCAUUUCAGAGGCCAAGACGCCGAGAAUCGUGUGGGAGAAACACUGGACUGCAGUCUCAGCCACUGACCCCCUUUUCUGUCAUGCGUCCACAUGGACUCUCCAGUGCCAAAAACUCUCCAAACACAGUGAACCCCUCAGGAGGGCGCAGUCGUUUUUAUUUCCUGUCUACUUCUGCUUCCACAGGUUUAGAAAGCAAGGAGAUACCUCCUUUGUGUUUGGUGCUGGGGGGGGGGUCAGGUUGAGACCGUUGCUGCACAGCCAGAGACUGCAAAAGCCCCCCACCCCCCCCAACACACACAUUCAACCAUGAAGGGAACAGAGGACUAAAGAGAAAGAGAACUUUUACUUUGUGUGUGUGAGAGGAUGGACGUCAGGUCGCCGCUUUCACCUUCGUCUUUGUUUGGUUCCAUUGAAGCAGGGAGGAGUCUGACCAUCGUCUGGUUUCCUCGCCAUUAUUCUGCUGUUUUAGAAGUAGCAUCUGCUUUUUUUUUUUUUUUAAAGCUGUUCAGACCUCAUGUCCAUGCUGUAAAGCUCUGUGUUGUCAGUGCUCGAUAAUGAAUGUUCUAUAAAACACGCACACGUCGCAUUCCAGGCAGCAUUUUUCUGUCAUUUAUUCCACCAUCAUCGAAAAAAAAGAAGAAGAAAACCAAAUCUGGGUUCCUCUGUCGCUCCGUCUCCUACUUAUGAAGUCCGCUGGCAGUGCACUGCUCAUAAUGAAGGCUCUCUCCACGCAUCAAUGAAGUUUAAUUUAAGAACUGAAUGAAUGACAGAGAAAUCAUGCAGGUUAUGAUUUAGACUUAUGAAAUGAUUCUUUAAAACAGCCCCUCAUGAAAGCGCACGCUGAGCUGCAGCACCAUUUCUGAUGAGUUUCAAGCUCCACGAUGAUCAAAGCGCUGCAGAAACGGAAGACGUGAGGUCGCCUAAGUCUGAUUCCUGAACACAGCUGUUGUUAGUCUGAGACCUCUGCUUCUCUGAUUCCGUUCACGGCUUGAGGAGGAAGUGGCACUCCUGUCCUCAUGUUUCGGUGCACGAGCGGCUUCGGGUUUCAGCGGGAACGUCUGCAGCCAAGACGGCGUGCUCACUGUCAGCCAUGGUGGAAGCUAUGCAGACAGACAGAACUAUUGUACAUUCCAGCCUCUGACAACCACAGUCACCGUUCAGACAUCCUGCAUGUACAGACCCAGCAGAAAAUGUGGCCAUCCUGAUAUCCAGCUGAGGUUUUGGGAUGCAGCACAAGGCAGCAGGAACAGACAGCAGCCCACCACUUCUUUAGUCUUUAGUAGAUUAUGAGGGUUUGGAAAUCGUUGUUCUCAGCUGUUGGUGUGUGUUAACAUCAUGUUAUGUGGUUACCAAAGAUAAAGCAGUCAGUGUCGCACGUUCACACAACAUCCCAGGAGGCCCAACUAGAUCUCGUACUUCAGAUCCAGUUUGUGGCACAGAGCACUUGUCAAACUGACGGUUGUUGUUUUCGUUUUGCUUUAUACAAACCAAAGUGGACAACUUCAUCAAAUCAAAAAUAUUUUGCAGUGACCAAAACUGGUUGGUGCCUAUAAAUGAGAGCCCACCAUAGGGGCCACAGAGGACACCAGACUAGAACCUCUCUCUGUAGAAACCAGAAAGGGUCAAGUCUAUGCUGAUAAACAGAAAAAAAAACUUUGUGUUUCGAUUGGAACAACGAUCCUUUUACUCUUUUUCUAAGCUUUAAAUGAAUUUGUGCCCCGCCCCCUCCUAUUUUGUUUAGUAUUUGUCCCCCUGAUACAUUUUAUGUCCAGAAAACACUCCUGUAUGCUAACGAGCUGUGUACACGGUACUUUAGGACAACUGUUGUUUUUCUAAGUUCAUUUUAUGACAGAGGCAAUGUCAUUUUUAGCAAACCUUUUUGGUAUCCAGGCAGCUGUGGGACGGGUCUGUUGGAAGCAGGCUAGGACCGUGAGAACCAGGUUGAGUUCAUCCACAAGCUCUCAGUAAAGGCGCUGCGUUUGUUUGCUGUAGAGAAGACAGGGAGGGAAUUGUUAGAUUAGGUCAGUCUCAGCAUGUGCAGCUUGACAUUGCUAAAGAUAACAGCAUGAGAAUCCGUAUGCAUACCUCAGUCCAAACCUAUAGGGAAUGAUUCAUUUGAAAGAAAAAAGUCAACAUUUCACUCUGUUGCUCUUAGUUGUUUGUCUUGCAUGUGUAGUCUGAUACUGAAGAUAAAAAAAGAAUAAAAGUAAAUAAAUACAGAGCUUCUUUUCCUUUAAAGGUUUUUUUUAGACCAAUCCAAAUCUCAGGCUUCCUUGUUGGUGGACUCAGUCAGCUGUUUGCUUCCUGUCUGAUGCACUGAUGAGCUCUCUAUCAUACGUGGUUGUACAUACAUGUCACUAAAGCCGUUUUCUUGUCCUGUCUCUCUCUCUCUCUCUCCCUCUGUGGUUAAACAAAAGUUUCAUGUUUGCUUUAUUGCAGCUCCUCUCUAUGAAACAGUCAUGGGGAAGACCUGCUGGACGUGUUUGGGAUAGAACGCUGUGCUGAAAUGUACUUUGUAAAGUUUCCUUUAAAACAUUUCAAAAACAUCGUCCACCUGUGGAUUCGCUGAGGAGAGGGAGGGGUCACCCCGGAUGACCAGGUCAUCCCAGCUUUUGGACUUUAAACUGUAAUAUAGAAGAACAGAGUUUUGUACAGAUGUUUCCCCAUUUUUGAUUGAAGCUGGUUUUUGAUACUUGGUUUAACCACUGUUUUCUGUGGCCCUGUGGUAAAAAUGGCGGGCAGGUUUGUUUCCUUUACAAUUGUCAGAUAUCUUGCAUGACUGAUCACAGGGUCAUAGAGACUGAAUGACUUGGGGAGGGAUAAUGGUCAGUAAUGGAACAUGGGUGUAUCAAUGAUAUUUUAUAUGAAAUGAGUACAAAAAAGGAGAAAAAUAUCCAGUGCCAAGAUGUAAAGUCUUCUGUCAAAUAAUGUUUUUGUUUGAAGAAAUUCUUUUUACACACAUUUGAGUAUGUUAAACACACAUUUUUGGGCAUCCAGGUUUUUGCACACUCAUCCUACGCCAUCAUGAAAGAGUCAAACCAAGCACAGCAGACAGGUCAAAGGUCAGAAGUAAGCAGCAGCAUCCAAGCCCCAAAUAUUGCACAAACACACAGCAUCACUGACUGUCUUCAUGGACCGUGAAGCUCACCAACUCCUUGUGUCUCUCCUGCUCUGACAUCACACCUGUUUUUCGUGCUGGAUGGAGGCAAUGAAAGGGAAGGGAUGGUGGUGCUGUCAUCUUGCAACAGCUUUUACUUUGAUUUUUCUUUUUAAGAUGUACCACAACUCUCAAUUUUAUUUAAAAAUAUGGUUAAUGAUGUCUUCCAUCAGUCUGUUUCCUCAUUCUUCAUUUGUGAUGAGACACUUUGUAAUCGGUGGCAACGACUGAUGUGAGUAUUCUAAACAUGCAAUAAAAUGCUGGUUGUUCAUA